AUGAUAGUUGAUUUCUAUUCCAACACUUUGAGACAUUGUGAGACCCUCCGUUCGCAACCGUGCUCUCUGUUUUCAUCACUAUAUGCACGCUCUUUCCAAAGCUCCUGCACUUUGCACGUGGCGGAGCCAUCGCCCGGCUUCCAUAUGUACGGCUGCCACACCUAA